UACGUCAACCCAGCUCUUGCUCUGCCACUCACCUCCCGUUGCCUAGGAAACCAGUGACAGCACUCUGACAGAGAGCAAUUUGCAAGGAGCUAAUUAAACAGCUAGCAAUGGCGCUCGUCCCACUCCUGCUCUCGCUUCUCCUCGUCUCCUGCGCUGCGCAGUCGCCUGCCUCGUCACCGUCGGGGUCGAACGCUGCUCCGGUCAGUGCCUUCCCUCCGCAGGCUUCCGCCGCGGCGCCAACCACGGCCCAAUCGCCGACGCAGGUCUCGGCCGCCUCGCCGUCGCAGGUGUCCGCCGCGCCGCCGACCACCACCGCCGCCUCGCCGUCACAGGUGUCCGCCGCGCCGCCGACCACCGCCGCCGCCGCCUCGCCGUCGCAGGUGUCCGCCGCGCCGCCGACCACAGCCGCCGCCUCCGCGCCACAAGUUGCCACGACACAACCACCGACAACAGCUGCUGCCUCUCCACAGCUCGCUGCCACGUCAGCUCCGCCAACAGCUGCCGCCUCCGCACCGCUCACCGCCACGUCACCUCCAGUGUCCUCGGUCGCUUCUCCGCCACUAGUCGCCACGUCCUCGGCCCCAGUCUCCGCGCCCCCUCUGGCAGUGACCGCGGCUCCUCCGGCGACAGCACCUUCCGUUGCCGCGCUACCUCCGGCCACAUUUGCUCCAGUGGCUUCACCCAUGGCCGCACCGCCGGCAACGGCUCCCACGGCAUUCGCUCCGUCUCCGCUGCUCAUGGCCCCGGUCGCGCCGCCAGCAACGGCCCCCGCACCGGCGCCCGUGUCACCGGCUCCGAGCGUCGCCCCGACUCCGUCGCCCGUCAUGGCGCCAGAGCUCUCGCCCGUCAUGGCGCCCGAGAUCUCGCCCAUCAUGGCGCCUGCGCUGACGCCGCUCGGCUCCGCGAGCCCCGCGUUCGCGCCCAUGGGAGAGGAGGACUCGGCGGCGGCGGCGGGUGCGCGCGCCGGCGUGGCCGCGCUCGUGGUGACGUUGGCGGCUGCAGGGCUCGUGGUCUUGUUUUAAUUUGCAGAGCUUGUUUUACGUGCGCUCGUGCUGUUGUUACACGAGCGUGCCGUGUUAUCCCGUUGACGUUUUGGACCGUUGCAUACUUGCAUGCAUGUAUGAUUCUAUUUCUAGGUGUACGAACACAUUUGUUAUUCGAUUCUUCUUAUAUAUAUGGAUGAUGGAUACUGGCUGCUCCUUCUGAUU